GUCCAGCUGGGAGCUGCCGCAGCUGCGUGAGGGUCUGGUGAGGGCCAUCAGCGACUCCGACGGCGUCAGCUACCCCUGGUACGGAAACACCACGGAGACCGUGACCAUCGCCGGCCCCACCUCCAAGCCGUCCCGCUUCACCGUCAGCAUGAACGACAACUUCUACCCCAGCGUCACCUGGGCCGUGCCGGUCAGCGAAUCCAACACGCCCCUGCUGACCAGCAUCAAGCGGGACCAGAGCUUCACCACCUGGCUGGUGGCGCUCAACACCACCUCCCGCGAGAAGAUCCUGCUGCACACCAUCAAGUGGAGGAUGAGGGUGGACGUGGUGGUGGACCCCUCCCAGCCGCUGGGCUCCCGGGCCAGGCUGGUGGGCCGGCUCUACCAGGACCAGCCGCGGGUGCUGGCCCGCAUGGAGCCCGUCCCCUCCAACGCCAUGGGCAAACCCAACGCCAACGACGCUCAAGUCCUCAUGUGGAGACCCAGGAGGGGGCCUCCUAUUGUCGUCAUCCCCCCCAAGUAGAAGAACCCGACACACGGAGGUGUGCAGAGACUCUGACGACGGGGGCGGAGCUUCUAAAUGCAGUUUCCAGAUCAUGGAUGGAGUCACUUUGGGAGGUGGGGGCUUUUUCCAGAGAUGCUCCACAGUGACCGAGUUACUUGGGGCGGGGGGUCACAUCCGCGUUCAGGUGAAACCCUGCUUUCUGAGAAGCAGCCGGAGCUCUCCACGACUGAAGAUCAGAACCUCCUCAGCUGGAGGAUGAAAACCUCACCAGGAAGGCAGGGAGCAACAUUUAGGCCUCGCUGAGGACAGGUUCUUCUCCUCAUCAGGACCCGUCUUUGAAUAGAGACAGUUGGUUCUGUUUGCUGCAGGCCCGCGGUGGUGAAGCGCACCUGAGUUUACCUGCAAGCAGACAGCGGCCAUGAUUCCAUGAUUCCAGAGUCUGGAGUUGGGUCAGAAUCCCUCCACCACUCAGUGCACUGGAGGGCGUUUUUGAGGGAGUCCAAAUCUACAACUCUACAAUCCAGAGACCCGAAAGUUCCCAGAAGUCUCUGCAAAAAACUAGCAUAAAUCGAUGCUCCAGAUCGACAAAUAGUGCACUGCGAUUCAACGAUUUUAAUUUAAAAAAGUAUUUUAAAUGAUCUCGUAUGAAGUUUGUGUCAUCAGUGGAUUCAUUUAAGUCUUUAGGUUUUUACAUCAGAAAAUGAGUGACGUCAUAUUUUCUUUGAUAAAAGUGGCGACCAAAGCCAUGUCUGAAUUCCCUCAUAAUUCCUAACGACUAAAAAAAUAGGGCUGGAUAUCCAUGAUCAUCCCAGAAACGGUUCGAUUCACAAGAGGCUGAACUGAUCAAUUCAAUCUCAGGUUUACACAUUUAUACAUGUUUACUUAGAAAUACAUCAAUAAACAACUAUAUGAAUCUGAUCCAGUUCACAUACUGUAAAUGUAUCAGUGAAAUAAUGAGAUUGUUAAUAUCAUCCAGUGUUACAUGGAUUCUCUAAAGGAGAAGUUCUAACUAAAAUGUUCAGAUCAUUUACAUGUAAACAUUGUUCUGCUUCUCCUGGAGGACGUUUCAGUUUGACCACUAGGGGGCGAUCCUGCAAUAGUAUUAGACCUUAUUCCAGAAGAAGAUAAAAUGAGGAAAAACAUUGUUUUAGACCACAAAUGGUAACUUCAGCUUUAUGUGCUAAAUCGAUCAAUAUGUUUAUGAAUAGAUUGUCUGUUAAGCUUGAAUUGAUUCAAACUGAUUUUAUCAACCCAGCCCUAUGAAACACAAUAUAGUGCAGGACUAUAAGCCUCGCUCUCACGGCGGGUGGAUACAGUGGCUCCGCCUCAACCGUCCUGUUCUCUUUUUCUAUGGACCUACAACCAUUGACUGUAUACGUAGGAACUGGACAUAGGCGUUGAGGUCCCCCAUUGGAAAUACAUCACCUUCACCCUCGCAAAAUCAGUUCAGAGCCUUCGCCGUCACUUCCUGAUACGUCUACCGCCAUGUUGGAGCCGACUGUAACCCGUCGACAGCGAUUAGUCCGGGUCGGUCUGAGUCACGUUUUUAGAGGAACUGCCGUGACCAAUCACAAGUGAGCUUGUUCCGGCUUGUUGGAAGGCCACACCCCUCCCACUGUAAGCAGCUUGGGGAAAGCUGUCACUCAAAUUCAGACGCCGUGCACACGACUUUUGUUUUUCUAGACGCUGGAUAUGACGUCACCGAUUUCAUGAAGUGAAAAUCGAAUUUAUUUGCGACUCCACUGUGUUCUGAUGAAGAGAAUGUGACGGUUUAUUUAAAAAAUGCUUUUUUUUUUACAAAAAUUGUUCAACCGCAAUGCAUUGUGGUCUGUGGUAGAGAGCAUCGAUGCAUGCCAGUUUUUUGCAAAGACUUCUGGGAGAUUUCUAGGGCACUGGAUCUUGGAAUUGUAGAUUGGGACAGCUCUAGAAAACGGUGAACGCUCUACAGAGCGAGUGGUGACGGAGUUCAGACGGUCUGUGUGUCUGACAUCCAACAUCCAGGUGAGUGGACAGUCCUGCAGGUGUUCGGAGGGGAUUCAGACUCAACCCUCCAACACUCAGAGUGAGAUCUUCUCUGGAGAUCUGAAUGUGCCGAUGGCUCCCUGAAUGUCUCAAGAACCCAAAACUUCCGGGUCUGCACAGUUUUGGAGCAUAAACCUUUAUUGUAACAUGAUGAUUCGUGCUGGCGGCGGCGGCGCACGUCCGUCCUGAGGGGAACGCGGCCUUAACUCCCCACGCUGCCUUCGAAGACUCCGAAGGGUUUCUUUGGUGCUGAUGAGCUGUGGUGCAGCGUCCCGGACAAAGAGCAGCUGCACUGUAGCCCCUCCACACAUGCAGGUCGUCGUCAGCCUUAAGAAGACGAACUGCUGAGUCAGCUCUCUGAGAAAGAGGCCAGUGUUUCAGCUCCCAGGGGGCGGCGUUCGUCCCGCUGCAGGACGAGGAUCCCGGUGGCUGCUGCCUCACACCAGACUGCCUCACACACAUCACAGCCUCGCUCAUCAUCUCACUGGGUUUGGUGGCGUCCUCAAAGCAAGCCAUGCAGACGGACGUUUCCACGCCGCAGAGCUCUCCCGGUUCCGCCUUUACAAAGCCAGAGUUGCCUGCUGACGACAGCCCGCGACUGUAAAACCUGAAGGUGUCUUUUCCCCAGAGAGGAGGACCGCAGCGAUGCAGAAGUCUGCUCUCAUGACGGGGAGGGGGGCGGGGCGCACAGGUGUAUGUUUCUGCCAUCACAGCAGUAUUAUCUGCAGCAGUAUGAAACAGAACCGGUUCUGCUGCUGGAGCCUUAAAGACUGAAAAGAAGCCAAACAGUCGAAACCACAAAAACGAGACGAGAAGGACAGAAAAAACCACGAUAAUCAGCCUCUGACGUUCGUUUGGAACGAAGGCGUUUGAAAAGUAUUCCAGAUCUAAGAAGAGCAGAUUUUUGAUCCCAAGAGACUUUUUGGACUUUCUUGUGUUCGUUGUUGUUCCUCCUCAGAUCCUUCGUCAGUUUGGCUCCACAGAAACUCCCAGAUCAUCGGAUCCGUUUCCAAAGCGCUCCCAGUCGUCUUUUCUUUCUGAUGACGCCGUUUUCAGACUAACUCUAAAAUUUUGUCGUUUUCUAGGACAUAGUUUCUGUAGGAAUUGAUCAGAAAUUCCCCUCGGAGUUGUGGGUGGGACUAUUGGUGGGCAGUAAGCCUCUCCCACUAGCUUACAGCCCUCACACUCAAACCUGACAUUAGCGGUGCAACAAAAAUAGUAACAAUAUCAGAGUUUACCCAGCAGGAAGACCAAGUGGACCCGCAUGUCUCAAAGAGGAGAACGUGGCCCCCUGGUGGUCCCACCUGUGUGUGCCCACACUGACUAAAGUGGGGAUUCGGUGGGUUAGCUCGCUACGCUAGGCAGCUGCCUGGUGGACAGGGGAGCUCACUAGGUCGCUACGGUGAAGCUCGCUAGCGUUCUACAGUGGAGAUCAGCGGAGAUCACUAGCUCGAUACAGAGGAUCUCGCUAGCUAGCUACAGUAGAGCAUGCUAGCUAGCAACAGCAAAGCUCGUUAGCUAGCUACAACGGAGCUCGCUAGCUCAAAACAGUAGAGCUUGCUAGCAUGCUGCAUGCCCACUGGGAGGCUGGCUAGCGUAGCGAGUUAGCCCACUGAGUGCCCACGUUUUCUGUCCACCUGUAACCCAAACGGGCCCCUUGGCCUGGCUGUCUGGGUCGAUCCAGAUUCCAGCUCACACCAGGAAAACAGACGUUCAUGGAUCUAUUUGUCUGACAGUGGAUGCAUCGGAAUGGGGCGGAGCUUUUGGCCCCACCCAUUGCAUUUGCUACGUCACAAAAGACAAUCUUUUUCAAACAUGAUCUCCGGUUUCGCAAAACUUUGAGAAAAGAAAUACUUAGAAAUAUAAUCUUAAUUUUCUUUAUAAAUGUUCUCCGUCAUCAGAAAAAUGCAACAAAAAUAUCAAAAACGCAAUUUUUCCUUUAAACGUCUUAAAAUGAGGGAAUCAAAUCCUCAGAACCGGCUGUGGGUGCUGGACCGUUGUCCUGGUUCUGAGUGUAACCAGGUGAACCGGAUCUUGUGAAGUUCCAGAACCAUCUUUGACGCUGACCGGUGCCGGGAUGAGGAGGUCAGCGACUGAAUUAUUGUGUCCCUGAUUGUGGUUUCAUAUUGAAGGUCGGGUCUGAAUCUGUCUUUGGCGUCAAAUAAAUUGAUGGACUUCACCAAAA